UGGCUGACGCCGCGGAUUGUUCACUUAUCAUUUUCGCCGAACGUCAAAAUAAUUAUUUAAAAAUAAAAUCAUUAUAAGCAUCUUUUUAACAAUAAAAAGACUAAAAAAAAAAUAUUUCUAAGCACUAUGUAAUUAUUAAAAAAAAUUAAAAAUGUCACGUCAACGAGUGUCAACAAUUUCGUGAGGCGGGGCUAUAAUGGCACCUAGAUAAUUAAAAUAUCGAGGAUAAUUUAUUUUCUAAAAAUAACUGGAAUCAGUUAUGGAGGAUAGUGUAAGUGUUAAGUCAAUGGAAUCAGUGGCGACAAGUGAUGAAUAUGAAUUUGUAAAUGACAAAGGAACCAGUAAAAAUCAACAGUCUGUACUUGAAGCACCAAUGUUAAAAAUAGCAAACAACGGUAAUUUAGAAGAUCUACAAAAUAAUUUACGCGAGGUGUUGACUGAAGACACAACUAAAAUGGAGAAUGUUGGUAAUGUUAAAAUAAUUGUUGCUGAUCAAAAAACUAAAACAGUUGGUAAAAGUAAAUUUUAUGAUGUAUUAUCAUCAGAAAAGCAGGAUCAAAUGAAACCAGAAGACUACGAAGAUGAUGAAUUAAAUUCACUUGCUGAUGUUCAACAAGACUGUACAAUAUUUAAUGGUGUAACUUAUCUUGGUGCUGCAAAUAUAAAUGCACCAAAAUCAGAAGUUGAAAUACAAAAAAAUAUGGCGAUAUUAUCAGCUGAACAAACCCAAAAUCUUGAAAUUAAAGUAUCUGUAUCUGUUCCAAGUAGUUCACAUGGAUCUGUUGUAGUAUAUGAUGCAGCAACACAACAGCCAUUAGCAUACUAUGAAGUACAAAGGAUAUUAUUUUAUGUACGUGGUGAUAGUACUGGUAGUUGUUCAGCAUGUUUUGCCUUCACUUGGUCACACGGUGAUACACUAGAAUCAGCAAUAUUUCAAUGUCAUGUAUUUCGUUGUGAUAUACCUGAAGCAGUUGGACAUGUAUCAUCAUGUUUUGCAAAAGCAUUUCAAAGAUUUUCACGUUCAAUGACAAAUUCACAAACAUCAAAUGAAUUGAAUAAUGGUAUAAAUCAAGUUGAAAAAAUAAAUUCACGUGUAUUUUUAUUUGAAGUUACAAUGGAAAUAAAAGAAGAAGAUGGUAAAGGUACAUAUAGUACAGUACCAAAAGAUAGAAAUUUUUUUAAAUUACGUUGUAAUAUAUCAAAACAAAUAUAUUUAACAAUCCAACAAGUAUCAAGUAAAGAAGGUGGUAUUAUACUUGAUGUUGAAAGAUGUUUUGGUGUAUUAGUUAGUCCUGGUAGAAAUGUUAAACAUAGUGAUAUGCGUUUAUUAGAAAUGCAAACAAAUACAAUACCAAUAAAUCAUGAUAAAAAAUGUUAUAAUAUAUGUGGACGUUGGGAUCCAGCAGAUCCAUCAUUAGAUAAUUUAAAUAUUGAAACAAAAGAUGGUAAAAUAUAUAUGACAAUUGCUGUUGAUUUAGUUAUACGUGGUAUACGUGAACCAGUUAGAUUUAUUAUUGAAACAGCUGUUAAAGUAUAUCCACAAAAUGAAAGAUUUUGGUAUUUAAAUAAACGUUAUUUAAUACAACAAUUUCAAUUAAAUUCAAAAGAAAUUAUUCAUUGUGAUGAUGUACAUUAUGAAGUACAAAGUAUUGAUACAUCUGGUGAAUUGGAUAGAAAUCGUUUAAAUUUAGCAUUAAAUUUAUCAUCAUUAAUUAAAUCACAAUCAUUAACAUCAAUUGAUACAUUAACACCAAAAGAUGAUAUUGAUUCUGAUGGUGAUGAGCCAAUGUUAAGUGGUACUGGUGAAGUAUCAAAAGAUUGUUCAGCUGAUGAAUUAGCUAAUUGGCAAGAAGUCAUUGAUAGUUGGCAAAUUAAUCAACAACGUCCAAAAUUACUUGUUAAAUUAGCUAGACAAGGUAUACCAGAAGCAUUAAGAGGUGAAGUUUGGCAACGUUUAAGUAAUUGUGAUAAUUCACAAGAUAUGAUGGAUAAAUAUAGAAUACUUAUUACUAAAGAAAGUCCAUGUGAAAGUGUUAUAUUACGUGAUAUUAAUAGAACAUUUCCAGCACAUGAUUUUUUUAAAGAAGCUGGUGGUCUUGGACAAGAUUCACUUUAUCGUAUUAGUAAAGCUUAUGCUGUAUUUGAUGAAGAAGUUGGAUACUGUCAAGGAUUAAGUUUUUUAGUUGCCAGUCUUCUUUUACAUAUGCCAGAGGAACAAGCAUUUUGUGUAUUGGUUAAAUUAAUGUAUGACUAUGGACUUCGUGAUUUAUACAAAGAUCGUUUUGAUAAUCUUCAUAUGCGUUUUUAUCAAUUAAAUAGACUUCUUGAAGAUCAACUACCAGAAUUGUAUAAACAUUUUUGUGAUCGUGGAGUUGAAACACAUAUGUUUGCUGCACAAUGGUUUUUAACAUUAUUUACAGCAAGAUUUCCUCUUUAUCUUGUAUUUCAUAUACUUGAUGUAUUUUUAUUACAAGGACUUGAUACUAUUUUUCAAGUUGCUCUUGCAUUAUUAACGCUAUGUAAAAAGGAACUUUUACAGCUGGAUUUUGAAUCAAUAUUAAAAUAUUUUCGUGUACAUUUGCCAAAACGAUGCAGAAAUGAGGAAACUUCACGUCAUUUGAUGAAACUUGCUUGUUCAAUAACAAUCAAAAAACUCAAGAAAUACGAGGCCGAGUUCACGGCUCUCAAAGUGGCACAAGAAAAUGCUGAUGAAUAUAGUAAUGAAGUGGAACAAUUACGAGGAGUUGUUACAAGAACUGAAGAAGAAAAACAGAGACUUGAAGUUGAGCUUGUACAGGUGAAGGAAAUGUUGCAGAGAGAAGUUGGAAGAGCUGAUACUGAAAGUCGUAGAAGUGUUGUUAUUAUUGCUGAAUAUAAACAAAUUUGUCAAAGAUUAGAAGAUGAUUACAAUACAUCAAAAAAUAUUCUAUCAGAAUUAAGAUCAAAAAUAUCAAAAUGUGAUAAAUGUAAAGAAUAUCUUGUUGAGCCAUCAACAGUACCAAGUGAAAUAUCACAUCCUCUUGAGUCACGAUCAGAUCCAAUGCUUUAUCGUGCACAAGAACGUGUACGUGAAUUGGAACUUGAAUUGGCACAAACAAAAUUAGCUCAUGUUGAAGCAGAAUGUCGAAAUCAAGAUUUGACACAUCAAUUACAUGCAACUGCAUCUGAACUUCAAACAGCUAGAAACACAUGGCCAUGGCUUAGUAAAACUUUGUCAAGCAUCAAAGAAGCAGCAAAUAAACGUGAUGCCAUUGCCCCGGGUGUAGUGAGACGUGAAAGUGCGCCUGGAGGUGAAAUGAGACAUGCAAUACAUUCACAAAGUCGAGACAGCAUCAAAGAAGCUGUUUGAUCAAGUGAAAUCAGGGAAUAUUUAUUUGACACAGAGCAUUGAAACAUUUGUUCUAAUAAUUUAAAAAACUUGUCCACAAUUCUCAUCAAACAACUCAAAGGAUGAGACACCUUAAAAAAUAUAUGGUUUCAAUUGAUGAAGAAAAAAAAAAAAAACAAAAUUA